CUCUGUAAAAAAGCAAAGAAAGAAUUUAAAUCGAAACGAUGAGUAAAUCAUUCAAUUGACGUCUUUUGUUUCCCCCGAUUCCCUAAAGAUCGCCAAUUCCUUUUGGGUUUGUUUUUCACUAACGGUAAUGAUUGAUUUCUCUUAAUUGGCAUGGGACAGUUCCAAAAAUGUCUCUCGUCGCUUGACAAACCUUUGCGACAGGGAAUUUCGGAAAUGGGCAAAUUGGGUUGUUUGUUUUGCACUCGAAAUACCUACGGGAUUAGCAGCUCUCGCACUAAUGAGGUUCCCAGACUCCCGCAGUGACGAAAAUUCCCUUUUUGAUUAUUUUGCAUUCGAGUGGGGGGGAAAAGCAGAAGUGUGGGCAGCAGAGCCAUCUAGGGUCCGUCUUUUGUUUCAACUGAAAUGAGGAGCUCCACUCGACAGGUGACAGCACAAUGCAACAACAAAAGCUCAAACUUGUUGCUACACACAACCGGUGUCGUUGUCUACUUUCGUUUACAUUAAGCAAAAAGAACCAGACAGGGGCGAGUGUGUUGAAAGGCCAGAGUAAGGAUGUCGUUGAUUUGACGACGGAUUCGAAUCGCAGAGUCAUCAACCCCCUUCAAUUUCAACGGUUCAAUCCAUUUGGACAUGUUGGGAAAGUGGGCGGAUCCCAAGAAGUUUUCGACGACAACAACAACAACAAAAAGAAUCAACAACUCCUCAGACUGUGUGUGUACCCAAUGAUGACCGGAUUAUAUUUUCAAAAGAGAGAAAAAAACUUCUUCUUCUCUCGUUGGGUAGUUGUUGGGAAGAAAACCAACUCCCCCCCUUCAUUCCCCCCCUCCGCCCCUUAGCGAGAAACAUUUUUCUUCUUAUUCGUUUGAGGGUUCCGGCCCAGUGGUCAAGUGAGAGGAGCUCCUCUCUCGUCGUUUCUCGGAUGUUUCGAUGCCCCAGUCGACCACGAGUGCCCAACUAGUUCUAGUCGGCCUUUCCAUCACGUUCCACGAAUAACGUGGAUCCACCAUCCGCACAGAUGUUAUUUGUGUUGUUGUUGUUAUUUCGAUCGUUCGAGUGCCGUCAUUCCUGAAAUUUGUUCCUCGAUAUCACGACGCCCCCAGCUGUUUAUCCAAAGUGUUAACAAUUCAAUAACGUUUCCUUCAACCCCACUCGACUGAUAUAUAAUCUCCCGACCGUCCGGCUGAAAAGGAGCUGCCGAAAAGUGUCAAUAAUCACCUGGAGAUUAUUCUGUGUGUGCGUGUCUGGUUCAAUCCGAUGUGAUGGAUGAGGAUGAAGCCAGCCAAGCGGCCUAUUGUUUGCUGGCCAUGUCAAGAGGCACCACCGCCAGUUCCAGUUCCAGCGAUCGACUCGGAUGCAAAGGUGAUUCAGCCUUGAGCGCAGCUUUAGGCCAUCAGACAGUGAUGGAGCAGCCAGCAACCAGCAGCAGCAACAGCAGCCCUUAUUCCACCGUGGCGGCUAUUGCUAUUCCAGCUGCUGCCGGUACUACUGCUGCUGCUGCUGCUCAAACAAGUUCAAACAGGAAUGCUGGUGUUGUUGUUGCUGCUGCUGCCGCCGCUGCCAUACAACCAGAGUCGCCGUUCAUGAUCGCCCGCAUUCUGACGGAUCUCACCCGCGUGCGUCAGGAUCUUUUCAGCGUUGAGCCCUUACAACAACCUCAAAUGCCUCCGUCCGCUUCCUGCAAGCCAUCCGGCCAGCGAAAUCAGAAUGCAGUACAGGGAGGCAGCGGCAGUAGUAAAUUGCACCAUUGUUCGUAUCCGGCAUGUGAACGAACCUACGGGAAGAGUUCCCAUCUCAAAGCUCACAUGAGAACUCACACCGGUGAACGCCCAUUCGGAUGCACCUGGCCGAGUUGCGAUAAGAGAUUCGCCCGGUCGGACGAGUUGGCACGUCACAUCAGAACACAUACGGGUGAAAAGCGGUUCACCUGCUCCGUGUGCCAAAAGAAAUUUACACGAUCAGAUCAUCUCAGCAAACAUGUGCGGAGACAUUCAAAGAUGGACGAAGGAUCGCCGAAGAGCCGGCGCAUCAAACCAGCGGAUAACAAGAUGAUCAUCAGCGUAAGCCCAACGGCGUCGCUCGAUUCCAGCGAUGGAUGCAGCACAAAUCAAUCGUUCGUUUCUUACAGUUCCGAGAAGGAUGCGACUAGGUAGAAAUGACGUGUGCCAAAGCAUCAAAUACUUUUAAAUCAGAAUUCGAUCAAAUUUCGAUUCUAAAUGUAUUCAGGAUUUUUAAUUGUUAUUUCGCCUCAUUUCGGUACAAGGUUUUUCAAAACAUUAACUAACUAAGAUUUCGUGUUUACCUCGAUUGUUUUUCCCAUUUGUUUCUCUCGUUUUCUUAUAUAAUUGGUCGUAUUUUUUAAAAUGGUGAAAUUGUAAUAUUAGUUUAAGCAGUUGGAGUCUAACGAAAGCACACUGCGUUGCUUCUGGUGAGAAUACAUUCGAUUUUUCUUAAAAGUUUCCUUUUGAAAAAGAAAAUAACGCCUCAUGUUAUCGAACGUUUUUCUUCGAAUUCACUAAUUAUUUCUUCGAAAAACGAUAAAGAAAUGAACAAACUAUGGAUGCCUUUUUAUCAGCAAAGGUCGUCGGGUACUGUUCUUUGUUAUUCGUUAACCAGUUUACUCAACAGUGACCAUUCAGAUCGCCGGUAAUUCAAAUAAAGAAUACCACCCUUUUUUGUAAUAACUUUUUUUCUUACUUUCAUACAGAAUGACUGAUAAAGAAUGACACACGAUCUGGGAACUGUUUUAUUGAAAUCUUUGACGGGAGAAACCACACCAGAUGUUCUUUGUCGGACGACUACAUGUCACAGCGUCAAUAACUUUGAAUACUGUACGUGUGAAACCAUUUUUUCAGUCACUCGUAGGUUUUCCCAAUAGCGACGAAGCAACGUCCGAUAAGAUGGCGUUGUCCCCUGCUGAGUGAAUCGGGAAUCGAUGGGUCCUUGUUUGUUUUUUUGUCACACCCUUUUUAUUGAUAUGCAAAUCGAUCGGACGUUGUAGAGAAGAUGACGGCGGAUGUCAACGCCACAUACGGUAUUUAAAUGUGAUAAGAAUAAUUUUGAAUUGUUACAUAAUGAUUAUUUAGAUUUGUAAUUGAGUAAAAGGUGAAAGGUUGUUUGGAUUUGUGCCUUACCCUGGUUCACGCUCGUCAUUUAUUGCGCUGUACACGGGGACGUAAUGAGACUGUUGCCGAUCUUCAGGCGGGGUUAAUCGUACAAACUGACCGACACAACUUCGGAGCGUGAAAUCUGCUAGUCAGAGUCACCAGGGUGUUAUGACCUACGAUCUUUAUGAUUAACGUCCUUUAUAGCAUAGUAGACCGGGAGGUGAAUGGAGACGUAGAUUCAAUGGACCUUAUAUGGUGAUUGAGCAACAUACAAUUGAACAUGGGUCUUUUGGGUGAUGGCCCCGUUUAGCGAUGAGUGCGCAUCUCGAUGGGAAUUGAAUCGAUCCCGUACAUUGUCAAUUAAUGAACUAUCCGGUUUAACAGUUGAGGAGCUGCGCUUUACUCCUAGUGUAUUUCCGGGAGGAUUGCCAUUUGUUUCAAGUCUUUAUCAAAGCGUUAAAUAAAUUCACGUUUGGUUUUUAA